AUGUUGGCUGGGGGUGUGAUUGCCAAGGAAAUGGUUCAAGGGACAGCAGAGUAUGGGUAUUCCUGCCUGCGCGCUUUUUCAUACAUGAUCGACGCUCUUAAUGUUGGCACUACCUAUUCCAUCAUAGUGAACAAGGUCGAUUGUAGGUUUAUGUACUACUUUUUAUCGUUGGGCCCUUACAUUAGGGGAUUCGCCUACAUGAGGAAGGUUAUUGUAGUCAACGAAACUCAUUUAUACGGAAAGUACGAGGGCGUACUGCUAAGCAUGGUUGCACAGGAUACAGAGAACUAUAUUUAUCCAAUUUUCUUUUGCAUCAUUGACAAGGAGAACGAUGCAUCUUGGACGUUCUUCUUUGAGAAGAAUAAUUCUAUUGUGGUCGAUGGACCAAAUUUAUACUUUAUCUCCGAUAGGUACAAUAGCAUCGCCAACGGCAUCGCGAAGGCGUACAACCAUGCUCAUCAAGGGUACUGCAUGAGGCACCUAGGUGAAAAUCUCCGGGUAAAUCACCACUGCGGAGAACACCUCUAUCUAUUCUACAACGCGGCAAAGGCAUAUUAUCCUAAGGAGUUUAGCAACCAUUUUGUGAAAUUCAAGAACUACUGUCCCGAGGCAGCCUUUUUCCUCGAGCAUGAGCUUGGUUUUGAGAAAUGGAGUAGGACAUAUUUCCCCAGCAAUAGGUUUGAUGUGAUAACCACAAAUAUUGUCUAG